GGGUCUGGAGGAGCUAACUUUCUUGGCGCAAGGUGUACGGGAAUAUUUAAAAUGUCUCUGCUACGUAGACUUGUUCAUGAUAUACUAGUAUUGCUAAAUUGAACAGUUUUUCCAUAUUUUGUACAAGUGAUUCUAGACACAUCCAAUACAAGUGUACCGGCUCACCAAAUCUACAGAACCUGGUCCCACGCAGUCUCUUUGUCUAAAUGGCCGGGUCCUGACAUCUACCCUGGUCAUGUACGAGAGUGGAGUUUGCUACAAGAGCCCUUGCAGCUCUUUGAGCAUGGCAUGCUUCAUUGCAUCAAACACACCAACUGCAGGGCUCUGCGCUUUGGGGGGUUUCUAGGUUCGCCAACCUGAUAGAUAAGCAGCCGGUCCGAUGCCACAAGAGCUUUUCAUGGUGCACACCCCCCUUCAACUCACCAUUUGCAAACAUGGCGUUUUCGAGAGGCGACGAAUAUGGGCUGCUGCGCCUCUUGACUCCCAAUGGCAUUGUUUCCGUCGGUACAGUCAUUCUUCUCGUGUCAAUACUCGGCACCUAUCUGGUCGUCCAAAUCCUGUACUUCUGGACCCUGCAUCCGCUUGCGAAGAUACCCGGUCCUCCCCUGUGCGCCAUCUCGCGUAUACCAUACUGGCUUCAUUGUAUGAAAGGUAACGAUGUGAAUUGGGUUCAUAGCCUUCAUACUAAAUACGGCCCCGUCCUGCGUUUCGGGCCCACUGACGUAAGCUAUGCCUCAGUGGAAGCAUGGAGGGAUGUUCAUGGCCAUUCCAAGGGUCAAAUGGAGAUGGAGAAAGCACAGGAGUUCUCUGUCCAGCCCGUAAAUGGUGUUCCCAGCAUGUUGACUGCCAACUUUGAGGAUCAUGCUCGAGUAAGGCGUCUGUUCUCCCCAGCGUUCUCUGAGCGUGCCUUGAGAAGGCAGGAGCCUCUUUUCAGGAGAUAUGUCGAUAUUUUGAUAUCGAAACUACACGAGCUCUCCAGAGGUAACAAGCCCGUUGAAAUGACUAGGCUGUACAACUUCACGUCAUUUGACACCAUGGCCGACUUGUGCUUUGGUCAUCCUCUAGGACUAUUGAUCAAAAAUGAGUUCAGCCCAUGGGUCAAUUCGAUCUUUGAGUCCUUGAAGAUGCUGCCCUUUGUCCAGAUGAUAAACUAUUAUCGGCCCCUCAAGGCAAUCUUCGAGCGGUUUGAACCCAAGUCCAUCACAGAGCAAAGAAUCGCACAUUGCAAACACUCCGAAGAACGCGUCAAUCACCGAUUGCAAGAAGGCUCCGACCAGCCAGACAUAUGGAAUCUGGUGAUGGCAGCGCAAGAAUCGGGAGAAGGCCUUUCGUUGGAAGAAAUGCACUCAAAUGCAGAAAUCUUCAUGUUGGCUGGUUCUGAAACGACAGCCACGCUCCUAAGUGGCGUGACUUACUUCCUGCUCGCAAAUCCGACCAAGAUGCAGCUACUCCUCGCAGAGAUCCGUGGCUCGUUCGAAAGCACCCAAGACAUCAAUUUCGACAGUCUCGCCAACCUCAAAUAUCUAAAUGCUUGCCUGAAGGAGACACUACGCAUCUAUCCCCCGGUGCCCAUUGGUAGUCCGCGCGUGAUACCCCAGGGCGGACGGGCCGUUCUGGGUGUUUGGCUGCCGGAAGAGACACGAGUCUCCUGCCAUCACUGGUCGACCUAUCACUCAGAGGCCAACUUCAGGCAUGCCGAGACGUUUGCCCCCGAGAGGUGGCUGGGUGACCCGACGUACGGCGGUGACGUCCUAGAUGCGCACCAACCUUUCGGUUGGGGACCCAGAAACUGCCUCGGUCAGAGCAUGGCCUUGCAUGAGAUGAGACUAAUACUGGCAACGGUCCUGCACACGUUUGACCUUGAGUUAUGCGAGGAAAGUCGUGGUUGGCCGGAUCAGCGGGCUUUUGCGUUGUGGUUCAAGAAACCUUUGAUAUGUUUUCUCCGGCCAGUCUCGUUGCAGCAGACAUUGUGAUCGUGGCAGGUACCAUACCAAUUGGAGUCGUCGGAAACCCCGCGGACCCGGCGGCAUCGUUGUGACACCAGGUAAUACGCAAUCCGCCAACUUUAGGUUCUUUCAAGGAAUACUCAGAGGAGUUGGAGUGCAGCUAGAUGUUACUAGUUCGGUUAC